GGAUCCGUUCGGCCCAAGCUCCGCCUGCCAGCACCCCUGACUCACUUCCUUUGCAUCUAAGUGGAAACCUCCCCAGAGCUUCCUCUGCCUCUGUCCCUGGGGACCUGCAGGAGUCGCUACCCCUUCAAGCCUGACUUGGGCCAGGCAGACCAUGGCCCACCCACCUCACCCUUUGGGUGGAAUACUAGCAUUUCCUGCUUCCUGAGUUGCUGGCUGCUGGCCUUGGAAGGGAGUGGCCGAGCUGGGGAGCCCGAGGAGUGCAGGGAGGGGAACUGCAUGCCCAGCACAGGUCCUGAGCCAUGGACCGCGGCCACCCUAGCAUAGAGCCCCAGGCCAAGGGUCCAAGUGUGAUCGCGCCAGUGCGUGCCGUGCUGCGUCUGCGCCGCCGAGUCUGCGUCCUGCGCAAGAGGCGCCUCUUGCAGCCGGGCACUGUGCCGGACUCUGGGACGGGGCCACUUGGACCCAGCGGAAACUUGGGGACUCUACGUGCCGACCUAGACCAACCUAAAUUCUUCACCUUCGACAGCCUGACGGAGCUGUCUUCUAGGACACCCCGCAAGAGGCGCAGGCGUAGUCGGGUAGUGCUCUACCCGGAAACUUCACGGAAGUGCAGACCCCGCACAGAGCGGCAGAGUCGUGCACAGCGUUGCCUGCUGCUGCUUGUAGCCAUUGUGGGGUUCCAGGUUCUCAACGCCAUUGAGAAUCUGGACGAUAAUGCACAACGUUACGACCUCGACGGGCUGGAGAAGGUGCUGCAGCGUUCUGUGUUUGGCCAGCCAGCUGCUGUGGGCCGCAUCAUGGCCCUGCUGCGAGACUACCUGGCUACACAUGUGCACAGUCAUCCCUUGCUCCUGGCACUGCACGGGCCCAGUGGUGUAGGCAAGAGUCACGUGGGGCGCCUGCUGGCACGCCACUUUCGCGCAGUGCUGGAGGAUGGUGCUUUGGUUCUGCAGUACCAUGCACGACAUCACUGUCCCGAGCCACGCCCGGUUCAGGACUGCCGGAAGGAGCUGGCCCAGCGUGUGGCAGAUGUGGUGGCACAGGCUGAGGCCGAGGAGAAGACCCCGCUCUUGGUCCUGGAUGAGGCUGAACUCUUGCCACCUGCGCUGCUAGAUGAGCUGCACGACCUCUUGCAGCCACAGCGCUCGCACCAUUUCCACAAUGCCAUCUACGUGCUCCUAAGUGGUGCUGGUGGGAUAGAGAUCACACGCUUUGUGCUGCAGAAUGCAUCACGGAUGGUGCCCCCACUCCGCCACAGUGCAGGUCGUACUCAGACUGAGGGAUCUCCAGGCGAGGAGGAGUUACACACCAGCCUUCGAGAACUCCUGGCCCGAGAACACCCUCUGUGGCACACUGCAGCCAUCGUGCCCUUCCUGCUACUGGACAAGCCAGAUGUGGUGAACUGCUUCAGGGAGGAGAUGGCAGGGGAGGGCUUCUUUCCUGAGCAGGCACUGGCAGAACAUCUGGCGGAGCAGCUAAACUACUACCGUGUGGCUGGACACGAGUUUGCCAUCACCGGCUGCAAGCAGGUAGUAGCCAAGGUCAACGUCUUACAGCACAAGCCUGCACAUGCUGGGCGCUAGCCAGUGGGUCCAGGCAUUUGAACUGUUGACGAAAACAGGAAGGAUGUCAGGUGACUUGUGUCCCCCAAGCGUGUCUACCCCAGGAGCUAGGGACCCUGAACACCACUUCCUCUUCAGCCCUGAGCCUUGAGAUUCCCUACGGUCACCAGGAAAGCAGCUACCUUCCUGUAUGGAGUCUCCCCCAUCCCCCCAGCUCCCUCUAUGUCUGUAUCCCAGGAACGUGUGAUAGGGCCUCCCAGAACCAUAGGAGGUCACCAGGGUCAUGGUAGAUUGUCUCAGAGGGUGUAAGACUGCAGUAGGCUUCUGGUCCUCUGGAACAUGUGGCAGCCUCCAUGCCUCUCACAAACUCCCAGCCACCCCUUGAAUGCCUCCUUAGCUUAGAGGCCACAAGGCGGGGAAGGCUUCUCUAGGCCUCAGAAGGCAGUGGAAUUGUUGGAUGUCUACAAGCCAGUGAGUAGAUCCAGUGGAAUUCUUCAAAUGCUCUGGAGCAUGGACCCAGGGGAGACCCGCCCUCUUGAGACAGACAUGUAGAGUGGCUGUGGAAUCAGCUACAAGGUUCAGGGUCCUGCUCACCAGAAGUCAGUGAGGAGGAGUCUCUACUUCCAGGGAGGUACUGUGUCUCCACCCGCCCUGGCGAGACCUCCUGGGAAACCACGGAGCUCAGGUUUCCCAAGAAAGGCUCACUGGACUCCAGUCUGUCCUACUGUUGAGGAACUCCUUGUCCUGGCCCCUUCCAGCCCCGGGCUGUGGAGUGACGGCAGUGGAGUCCACAGCAGACAGUGGAAGCAGGGCAAGUGAACCGUGCCUUGAGGCUGCCGACUGUAGGAAGCAGGAAGCAAGCAAGAGGCCCACUGGGGUGGGGUCAGAUGGGCGGUGCCAAGCCUCUGGCUGCCUGUGCUGGCUGGUUACCACAGUUACAGUGGGUGAGGUUCCCUGUAGCUUUGGAGUCCUAGGUUCAGCCUCUCCUGUUUGUGUGGAAUUUGCAGACUGGAGGCUUCUUAGCACUCUGGCUAUGUCUGUGCUGCCACCUGGUGGGGGACCCAGACUUUGCCUGUGAAUGCUCAUCCUGGGUUAGAAAGUGGCUUGAAGGCACACAGGAAGUGGUGACAGAAGAGAUUAGAGAGGAGGAGCCCCUCAAUGGGGGUGUUAUGUCCUCCACGUUUGGAGAGACAAGCUGCAAAACCACCCAGGCUCAGGUUUCCAUAGAGAGGAUUACUAGCAGGCUCCCAUGCAGGUCCUGCGCAUUUCAUUGUCUCCCGUUGGCAUGGUCUGAGAAUCUGUGUGUGCAUGACCUGUUGAGUGUGGAUGCUGUUCAGUUCUUGCAGGAUGAUGCCGAGAAGGACCCCAGGAUUGUCACCUGAAAAUCUACCUGGAAGUGUCCCCUACCCAGCCAAGUGUUGCUUAUAGUGAUUCAGUUAACACCUGCAGGGCAUUAAUUUAGUGAGGGUCCAAACCCCCGCAGGCAGCAGUUUCUCUUUAUUUAUAAAACUGUGCACUUCUUAAAUAAUUUCAUGGAGGCUAAUUUCUGCUCUAAAGAGGCCUGUGCACUCCGCACUGAGCAUGUUGCAUUGUGCCGUGAAUAAACCGCAGCGCAAAUCUACCCAUCUGCUGUCUUGUCUUUUCUGACUGUCUGUGGUACUGAAACCUGUCAAUGGUGAGUAAAUUCACCAACAUUUCUGUCUAACCAUCUAUUUAAUAAUUCCUGACUCUGGAGACAGGCCUGGUGGUGUGCGCCUUUAGUCCCAAUACUCAGAGGCAGAGGCAGUCAGAUCUCUUGAGUUCAAGGCCAGCCUGGUCUACAGAGCGAGUUCCAGGACAGACAGGGCUACACAGAAAAUCCCUGUCUCAAAACCCCCGAACCAUCCCCCCCCAAAAAAUGAUAAUUUGUGUUUUCCCAGGGUUUUACAUUUGUAGCCCAGGCUCAUCUUGAACUUUUGAGCCUCUUAAAUGCUAGAAUUAUACUUGCAUACCAUCAUGCUGGCCAGAUGGAUUUUAUAGGUUUUGAUAUUUGAGAAUUCUGAAGGACGAGGGUGGGGGCAGCAAGAUUUUGAUGAGCGUCAAGAGGAGACUGUUUCUUUCUGGCAAGACAUUACUAUUUUUUUGUAAAAUUAUUUUAAAGGCUUAUUUAAUAUUAUUAAAUAUUAUUAUUUUCAAGUUUA